CUCUCUCUCUCUCUCUCUCUCUCUCUCUCUCUCAUCUUCUCCAUUUUCACCUCUCUAUGGCUGCCCGCAGCGCCUUUCCGAUCAUAUGCCGCCUCGCCUCCCCUUACCGGAGCCGUUUUCAGCUUUCCCCUUUCAAUCUAUUCUCCGACGCCCGAUCCGUCACCUACAUGCCGAGGCCUGGAGAUGGAGCUCCGCGCGCGGUCACUCUCAUUCCUGGAGACGGAAUCGGUCCUCUGGUGACUAAUGCGGUUGAGCAAGUGAUGGAGGCGUUGCACGCUCCUGUCUACUUUGAACGCUACGAUGUCCAUGGUAAUAUGAAGCAGGUUCCUCGCGAGGUAAUGGAGUCUAUUUUUAAGAAUAAGGUGUGUUUGAAAGGCGGCUUGAUGACUCCGAUGGGCGGUGGUGUUAGUUCUCUCAAUGUGCAACUGAGGAAGGAGCUCGACUUGUAUGCCUCGCUUGUUAAUUGUUUCAAUUUCCCUGGAUUGCUUACGCGUCAUGAGAAUGUUGAUAUUGCCGUCAUUAGGGAGAACACCGAGGGUGAAUACGCUGGCCUCGAGCAUGAGGUUAUUCCUGGCGUCGUCGAAAGCCUCAAGGUGAUUACAAAGUUCUCCUCAGAACGCAUUGCCAAAUAUGCAUUCGAGUAUGCUUAUCUGAACAACAGGAAGAAAGUGACGGCUGUACACAAAGCCAAUAUCAUGAAACUUGCAGAUGGGUUGUUUUUGGAGUCUUGCAGGGAAGUGGCAACCCAAUAUCCUAUUAUCCAAUACAAUGAGGUUAUUGUUGACAACUGUUGUAUGCAGCUUGUUUCAAAACCCGAGCAAUUUGAUGUAAUGGUGACUCCCAACCUUUAUGGAAAUCUAGUAGCAAACACUGCAGCUGGACUUGCUGGAGGCACUGGUCUCAUGCCAGGAGGCAACGUGGGGGCAGAUCAUGCCAUAUUUGAGCAAGGAGCUUCAGCGGGGAACGUGGGGAAUGAGAAAAUAGUGGAGCAAAAGAAAGCCAACCCAGUUGCUUUGCUGCUGUCUUCAGCCAUGAUGCUGAGGCACCUUCAGUUUCCUUCAUUCGCCGACAGGCUUGAGAAUGCUGUGAAACGGGUGAUCAUGGAGGACAAGUGCAGGACUAAGGAUCUUGGUGGGAACUGCACCACCCAAGACGUUGUCGAUGCUGUCAUUGCCUUCUUGGACUGACACUGCCUUUUCCAGCUCACUUUCCACCCUCCCAGGUUCUAUUUAUUUAAUUCAUUCUAUUAGUUUUGAAAUUCUUUGUCAAAUAACGUGAGGUUAUUUG